AUGGCUCGAGCUCGAAGAUCGAUAGACUCACACGCUGCGAAGAGUAGGCAACGACCCAGAUCAGCAUGGCUCGAGCUCGAAGGAGGAUCGAUAGACUCACACGCUGCGAAGAGCGGGCGACGACUCGGAUCAGCGUGGCUCGAGCUCGAAGGAGGAUCGACAGACUCACAGCCUGCGAAGAGCGGGCGACGACUCGGAUCAGCAUGGCUCGAGCUCGAAGGAGGAUCGACAGACUCACAAUCUGCGAAGAGCGGGCGACGACUCGGAUCAGCGUGGCUCGAGCUCGAAGGAGGAUCGACAGACUCACAUACUGCGAAGAGCGGGCGACGACUCGGAUCAGCGUGGCUCGAGCUCGAAGGAGGAUCGACAGACUCACAUACUGCGAAGAGCGGGCGACGACUCGGAUCAGCAUGGCUCGAGCUCGAAGGAGGAUCGACAGACUCACAUACUGCGAAUAGCGGGCGACGACUCGGAUCAGCGUGGCUCGAACUCGAAGGAGGAUCGACAGACUCACAGCCUGCGAAGAGCGGGCGACGACUCGGAUCAGCGUGGCUCGAGCUCGAAGGAGGAUCGACAGACUCACAGCCUGCGAAGAGCGGGCGACGACUCGGAUCAGCGUGGCUCGAGCUCGAAGGAGGAUCGACAGACUCACAACCUGCGAAGAGCGGGCGACGACUCGGAUCAGCAUGGCUCGAGCUCGAAGGAGGAUCGACAGACUCACAAUCUGCGAAGAGCGGGCGACGACUCGGAUCAGCGUGGCUCGAGCUCGAAGGAGGAUCGACAGACUCACAUCCUGCGAAGAGCGGGCGACGACUCGGAUCAGCGUGGCUCGAGCUCGAAGGAGGAUCGACAGACUCACAUACUGCGAAGAGCGGGCGACGACUCGGAUCAGCAUGGCUCGAGCUCGAAGGAGGAUCGACAGACUCACAUCCUGCGAAGAGCGGGCGACGACUCGGAUCAGCAUGACUCGAGCUUGAAGGAGGAU